UCUUACUACAGGAGCAUAUCUACUAAAAGAGAUGAUGAGUAUCAAUAUUUGGAAAGAAGUAAGAUACCAACAAUGCAUUUUCAACCAUCUCUACCACGCUUACCUAUCCCAAAAUUAGAAGAUACAUGUAAAAGAUAUCUAAGUGCACAAAAGCCAUUAUUAUCUGAAGACCAGUUCAAAAAGACUACAAUUUAUGUUAAUGAAUUUUUAUCUAAAGAUGGUACUGAACUACAGAGAAGACUGAUUGAAAAGAAUGCAAAAAAUGUUCAUACCAGUUAUAUCAGUAAACCCUGGUUUGAUUUAUAUUUGAAAGACCGUAAGUCUUUGCCGAUCAAUUAUAAUCCCUUCUUAGUUCUUCUACCAACAUCGGAUCCAAAUUAUAAUACACAAUUAGUACAAGCAACAAAUCUUGUUAUAUCAUCACUAAGAUUUAUGAAAUCAUUAAAAGAGAAUAUUCUAAGGCCUGAGAUAUUCUUUUUAAAGCCAAAAACAGCUAACAGUAAUAUAUUUCAAACAACUGCAAAGUCCCUACCACCUAAAUUUAGUUGGUACGGGGCUUAUCUGUUUAAGGCAUUUCCAUUGGAUAUGUCACAGUACCAUAACUUGUUUAAUACGACAAGAUUACCAAAAUUAGAAAAAGAUGAAAUCUAUGAGGAUAAAUCAGGCAAGCAUAUAAUAGUAAUGAGAAAAGGAAAUUUUUUUACCUUUGAUGUAAUAGAUGAAGAUGGAUAUAUUUAUGAACCACAUGCAAUAGCUAGUUGUCUAAAGUUCAUUUUAGAAGACAAUACAUCAGCAAAUGAAUAUCCGAUUGGAGUCCUUACAACAUCAAAGCGUGACUUGUGGGCCGAUGCAAGAAAUCAUUUGUCACAUAUUGGUAAUCAUGAAAUUCUGCAGAAAAUAGAUUCUGCUAUAUUUAUGAUGAUAUUAGAUGAUGAAAGUAUUGGUACUGACAGUAAUAACGUUAUUGGUGUUAACUACAAUAAGUUACUUAGAACGUAUCUUCACGCGGAUGGAACAAACAGGUGGUUUGACAAGUCCUUUUCAUUGAUCGUUACACAAGAUGGACAUGCAGGAAUAAAUUUUGAACAUUCAUGGGGUGAUGGUGUAGCAGUACUGAGGUUUCUUACGGAUAUACAUAAAGAUAUAACUAAACAACCAAGAUUUUGUCGUAGUGAUAUCGAACAUCUUCCACAAGGAGCAAUCAAAGUUAAGAAGCUCCAAUUUAAUAUAGAUAAUAAGGUACAAGACAUUAUUAAUACAGAAAAGAGAAAAUAUGUGGAAUGGAUUAAUGAACUGAAUCUUGAUCAUGUGAUAUUUACUGAAUUUGGCAAAAAUAAGUGCAAAAAGUUUGGAGUAAGUCCUGAUGCAAUUAUGCAGCUAGCUUUCCAGUUGGCGUAUUAUUAUCAACAUAAUCGUGCAGUACCGACGUAUGAAUCUUGUAGUACAGCAGCAUAUAAACAUGGUCGAACAGAAACGCUUAGAUCUUGUACGACAGAAACGAAGAAAGCAUGCGAGAUGAUAAUUCAGAAAAAUCGCAAUGUUUCCUUGUCCGAACUAAAAAAUUUAAUAAUUAAAUGUGGUGACGUACAUAAUAAACUGACUAAAGAAGCUGUUAUGGGGCAAGGAUUUGAUAGACAUUUGUUUGCAUUGAAAAAAAUGUGGGAAGAGUCAGAUACACCAAAACCAGCUAUUUUCGAGGACCCAGCGUAUGAUUAUAUUAAUCACAAUAUUUUAUCUACAUCAACUCUUUCAGACCCAAACAUAAUUGCUGGCGGCUUUGGAUCAGUGGUAAAUGAUGGCUAUGGAAUUGGAUACAUGAUUCAAGAUGAAAGAUUGGGGGCUUGCGUGUCGAGUUAUAAGAACCAUUGCAACGCAAGCGACUAUGUUAAGUGUGUAGAGAGGGCAUUUAAAACUAUUCAUGAAAUACUGAACCACUAAGUAUGAUAUUGUGGUAUACAUGUAAUCAUUAUUCAAUCAUAUUACUUAUAACUUUACAUCGAGGAUGAAGAAUCUCUAACAGUGUUGACUACGUAUAUCAUGAUUUUAUAUAUUAUUUGCUAAGAACUUUUUAUACUGUUAAACAAAUAAAGAAUAACCUUUUAAUUUUA